AAGGCCCUUGGAUUCCCUGACGUGUGGCGUUAGGCGUUACGUCAGUAAAAACCAUGUACUUAGCCAGCAGUUGCGAGGAGAGCAGCAAUGGAUGAAGAUAUCUACAAGUUGUAAGAAGAUGGCAGAGGCUGAACAGCCAAAAUCAGAACAGCAUUUGUUAUUUAAUGGGAAGAAAUUUGUUUGCAACAAUAAGCGUUUAAAUCCAUACGUUGACGGGAUGUAUGGCGGAUAUUGGAAGCUCAUGGAAUAUCCUAGUAAACCCCGUGACCCAAGGAAAAAAUGGGAAAUGAUCGAAGUGGAACAAAAAAAAGUCACAAUAAGAAGAAUUAAAAAUGAAGACUGCCUUGAUGGGUGGGAGAAAAAUGUCGACAAACUCAUCGAACUUGAACAUAAUAACAUCCUACGAGUUUUUUGUUACGAGGAGGACGUUGCCAACGGAUGGAGGUAUUUUGCCCUAGAACCGUACAGUGCUACGUUAUAUGAAUAUUGCACUGGCUGGUACAAGGGAGCCAUGCCAAAUCAAUCGCAAGUUCUUUAUCAAAUCGUUAAUGGCAUCUGUUACCUACAUGACAACGGAAUUAUCCACGGAGAUUUAAAUCCAUUGUAUGUCGUCGUUGCCGCUCAUUCUCAACCUGUGCGCAUGAAAAUUUCAGAUUCCGGAUUGACCAAAUUUAGUUACAACAAAACGUGUGGCGUUAGGCGUUACGUCAGUAAAAACCAUGUACUUAGCCAGCAGUUGCGAGGAGAGCAGCAAUGGAUGAAGAUAUCUACAAGUUGUAAGAAGAUGGCAGAGGCUGAACAGCCGAAAUCAGAACAGGAUUUGUUAUUUAAUGGGGCGAAAUUGGUUUGCAACAAUCAGCUUUUUAAUCCAUACGUUGACGGGAUGUAUGGCGGAUAUUGGAGGCGCAUGGAAUAUCCUAGGGAACCCCUUGACCCAGGGAAAAAGUCGGAAAUGAUCGAAGUGGAAAAAAAAGAAGCCACAAUAAGAAGAAUUAAAAAUGAAGACUGCCUUGAUGGGUGGAAAGAUGUGGCUGACAAGCUCGUCAAGGACAACCUGAAUAAUACAACCCACAAUAAUAUCCUACGAGUUUUUUGUUACGAGGAGGACGUUGCCAACGGAUAUAGGUAUUUUGCCCUAGAACCGUACAGUGCUACGUUAUAUGAAUAUUGCACUGACCGGUACAAGGGAGCGAUGCCAAAUCAAUCGCUAGUUAUUUAUCAAAUUACCAACGGAAUCUUCUAUCUGCAUGGCCAAGGAAUUGUUCAUGGCGAUUUAAAUCCAUUAAACGUCGUCAUUGCUGCCCAGUCGCGUCCUGUGCGCAUUAAAAUAUCAGAUUUUGGAUUGAGCAAAUUCAGUUACAGCAAACAGCUGUCGCAGAAGAUGAAAGAAAAAGAAAAACCUUUUGAGAGGGAACUCUGCCUGAGAAAGUAUUGGACACUGUCAGAGGAAACUGACUCCCUGGAAGGCAUCGAAGACGCCACCGAAGAUGUCAUUGCAGUUGGAUGCAUUUUGUUUUAUUAUCUAAAGCGUGGCAAACACCUUUUUGGUAAUGAUUCUAAGUCAAUCUUGGAAAACCUCAAUAAAAAGAAUCCAGUCAAUUUACCAAAUUUGGGUAAAAAUCAUUUUGCGUACGAGCCCAUCAAAAAUAUGAUAAAUCCCCCAGGAAAAGGAUUCAAUUGGUUGCACAUAGCAAAUGAGAAAUUUAAAGAAGCCCUUUCACGCAAGUCAAGAAUUUCCGUUUCGUUCCAAGUCAACACCAGCAAACUACUUGGUAGUGGAUUUUUUGGACAAGUGUUCGAGGGGAAAUUUAACGGUGAUCUUGUUGCCGUUAAACAAAUGACGACGACAACCGCUCAAAAAAAAAUUAUUCAAAGAGAAAUGAGUACACACAUAGAAUUGAAUCACGUCAACGUAGUGAAACUCUUGGACGUCGCUGAUUCGGCCGACAAUAAAUUCACGCAUCUGGUUUUGGAAUUGUGUGGCGGGACAUUGGCAGAUUAUUGCCAAAAUAACUACAGCGGACCGGAAUUGCCACCAGACGAAUUGGUCCUUUAUCAAAUCGCCAAUGGAUUGCAUUACAUCCAUUCGAGAAAUUUGGUGCAUCGCGAUAUUAAACCGGAAAACAUCCUCAUUUCAAUGACGACGCCCGUUCAGAUGAAAGUCUCUGAUUUAUCGUUUGUUAAGAAAACUCGGGAAGAUUUUUCGCAGAUUUUUUCGCAGAGCGAAAUUAGAGGAACUCUCCAGUGGCUAGCACCUGAGAGACUUAAGGUUUUAACUGACAAUGAAAACAAGUCUACUGAUCUGCCUGCCGAGCUCCCAGAUGGAACAAUCAAAAGUGACACGUUUUCAUCCGGAUGUGUAUUUUUCUAUUUCCUGACGCGUGGUAAACAUCCAUUUGGGAAGAAUAAAGUCUCUGUUCCUGCCAAUAUUUUAAAAAACAAACCGGAGGAACUCGACAAUUACAAUAAACAUUUGGCGGCAGACGACGUAAACGGAGGAAUCCUUGCUCGUUUGAUUGAGGAUAUGAUUCAAUUUGAAGAAAAAGAAAGAAUCGGAUUGCCUGAGGUCAUAAAACAACUAGCCGCUGUAUUGUACGGGAUGGACAAAAGCAAAUGUCAAUUGAGGCUCGUUGCUGUGUCGUUAGGUAGGAAGUACAGCAUCAGUUCCCACCCCACUGAACCGAUUCUUGCAUGGGCCAAUGAGAAAAAGUUAAUAUUUUACACUGCCGAAAAUUUGGCUAUUCCGUUUUCCAAUUGGAGAAAGAAGAAAGAAGAAGUCACAUUUCAACGUCCAAACUUCGUUCGUUUGCUUGAGUGGAAUAUUAACGGGACACAACUAGCUGCUGGAUUCGAUAACCUUACUGUCGUCGUAUGGAGUUACCCAGAGUGCGAAAUCCUCUUUCAAAACAAACUUCGGUAUAGUAUCGAAGAAAUAAAUUGGAAUCCAACCAGGCCCAACUUAUUUGCUGCUCAUUAUGAGUUAUAUAGUGAUCGAGUUUUCGUAUGUGAUUCAUCCAUUGGCGACGUGAUCACCACAAUUGACUGUGAAGGCGUUACGGCUGUGAAGUGGAUCUCUGAAAAUCGAAUCGCCGUGGCAUCUUCUUGGCCUGGAAAGAUCAAAAUUUUUGAAAUUGAGGAAAACAAUUUGACAACAACUCGACUCGUGAAAGAAUUCACACAUGGAAACGGUUGUCGUCAUCUGGAGUGGAAUGAAAGGACCCAAUAUUUGGCCAGUGGUAGUGAGAAGCGGAUCAAUAUUUUGUCUAUGGACGACGACAUGCCAAUUUAUAGCCUGAAGUUUCCUCUACAGAAGGAGGAUGAGUUAAAAAAUUUGCUUGGCGCUUGUGCACAGGAAAUGGGGAAGAAGAGGGCGGAAUCGAAAGGGCAAGGAAAUCAGCCAAAAACUUCACUUUUGCUUAUUUGUUCGAGUUUCAAAGGCGUUUUUAUUUGGAAUCCUCUGGAAAGCGAACAACAGCCGCGACGUCUUUCCGAUGAGAAAAAGAUAAAAACGGUCGACUUUUCAUCGGACGGUCGAUUUCUUGCAGCCGGAGGCUUUGGAAUAUUAAUGAUUUGGUCAGAGGAGGUGAGAAAAAACUGAUAAGAAUAUCAUUGUUUAAGCCAUGAUUUAACAUAAUUAAAGAAUGCUAUGCGCUUUAAGUUAAAAAAUUCUUUUAACUUUAAACAAAAUUUUAUUUUCUCUUCCACUUUAUGCUUUUCAGCACUGGGUACAAAUAUACAAACUCAACACGGAUAUGGAAAAAAGGAGCGCAAUGAAUAUAUCAUUUUUCAGCACAAAAUCUACAAACCUUUACGAAAAUAAACUUAUAGUCAAUUAUAUCGGUGGGGACAGCAGCUUAUUUGAAUCAGCGUUCGAAGAAAGUAACAUUUCUGAUUCGGCCAGUGAAAUACCAACAGAAUCCGCUGAGGAUGACAUAGACCUUAAGUGAUAGAAGAAGUGGUCCUUUAAAACGACUAAAGGCGCUAAUCUUCCAAACAGAACCAAGUGAAGAAACUUUACUCCUGCAAAAAAAAAAAAAAAAAAAACUUGAAUGAUAUUUUUAUCCAAAUGUAGUGUGCCUUUUCUAAACUAUAGAUGUUACAUUAUUAAAUCUGAUUGUUUCACUGGA